AUGGAAAUACAAUCUUCAUCUUUUUUUCUCAUCUUUUUCUUCCUCUUGUUAUUGUUGCUUUUCCUUGUAAGAAAUUACAGGCAAAACAGAAAUAAUCUACCUCCAGGACCAUGGAAGCUUCCUCUGAUAGGAAACCUACAUCAGCUUGCAUGGUUAGGCUCGCUCCCUCACUAUGCUUUACGAGAACUCGCCCAAAGCUUUGGACCAUUGAUGCACCUUCAACUUGGUGAAAUUUCUGUACUGAUUGUAACAUCUUCUGAGAUGGCCAUGGAGAUCAUGAAAACACAAGAUCUUACCUUUGCAUCAAGGCCAGAAAUUCUCUCUGCAAAAAUCUUGGUAUAUGGCUGCAUAAACAUUGGCUUUUCCCCAUAUGGAGAUUACUGGAGACAGAUGAGGAAGAUUUGCACGUUGGAGCUUCUCAGUGCUAAGAGGGUCCAAUCUUUCUCCUAUAUUCGAAAAGAUGAAGUAGAAAAGCUCAUUCAAUCGAUUCGGUCAUCAUUAUCAUCAUCACCACCAACACCAAUCAAUUUUGGCACCAGAAUUGCCGAGUUGGUUGGUACGUUUGUUUCUAGGGCUGCUUUUGGUAACGUUUCGGAAGAGCAUCAAGAGUUUUUGCGUUUAAUCAAGGAAGUAGUGGAAUUGUCUGAUGGAUUUGAUGUUGCUGAUUUGUUUCCUUCGGUUAGACCGAUCCAUCUGGUUUCUGGGUUGAAGGCGAAAUUAGAGAAGAUGCAUAAGAAGCUCGACAGCAUAUUGGACAAUAUUGUGGCUCAGAAUCUGAAAAAUUUGAAGGCAAAAAAUGAUGACGCAGUAAUAAGGGAUCAGGAGAAUCUUGUUGAGGUUCUACUUCGGGUCCAACAGGAUCCAGACCUGGACAUUCCGAUCACUAUCAACAGCGUGAAAGCUGUCAUUUGGGAAAUAUUUGCUGCUGGAACAGAUACUUCAUCAACAACGCUAGAGUGGGCUAUGUCUGAAAUGAUGAAAAACCCAAGAGUAAGGAAGAAGGCACAAGCUGAGAUAAGACGAGCUUUUAGAGGAAAGGAUACAAUCCAUGAGAGUGAUACAAGUGAACUAAACUACUUAAAGCUAGUAAUCAAAGAAACCUUGAGGUUACACCCACCUCUUCCAUUACUGCUUCCAAGAGAAAGCAGGGAAGCAUGCAAGAUCAAUGGAUAUGAAAUACCCGCAAAGACUAAAGUCAUUGUGAAUGCGUGGGCGCUUGGAAGAGAUCCUAAGCAUUGGCAUGAUGCUGACAGCUUCAUACCAGAGAGGUUCCAUGAUACCAGCUUCAAUUUCAAAGGAACAAACUUUGAUUAUAUUCCUUUCGGAGGAGGAAGAAGAACAUGCCCAGGAAUUACAUUUGGCAUAGCCAAUAUGGAGUUUGCGCUUGCCAAAUUACUUUAUCACUUUGAUUGGGAACUUCCAAAUCAAAUGAAGCCAGAGGAAUUGGAUAUGGAUGAAGCUUUUGGUGCUGUAGCUGCAAGGAAGAACCAUCUCUACUUAAUUCCAAUUCCAUAUAAAGGAGACUAGAUUAUCCUCGGUGUGUUUUCCUUAUUGUUGUGUUGUUGAAUAAUUUAAAAGUAUUGUAUUUUAUCAACUUCAAUAGUAUAAAGUAAACAAUGGAUGGAA